AUGCUAAACAUCUCAAAAGAGCAGCUCACUCUUGCUGACCCCAUGGCUGCCCAUGGAUCACCACCGAUUGUUGAUAUGUGCUUAAUGGUAAAGGAACUAGGAAUUGAAACUCUAACACGGCCACAUCCUCUGCACCCCUACACAUCCUUUGAAUUUACUUGUGUCCUCGAAUGGUGGGGGGGGGAGGGGGGAGGGGGGGGGGGGGGGGGGGGGGGGGGGGGGGGGGGGGGGGAGUGGGGGGGGGGGGGGGGGGGGGGGGGGGGGGGGGGGGGGGGGUUUUGGGGGGGGGAUAAAGACGACAGUGCGUGGGGGGGGGGAGCCCACGAGAACACAAGAGCACACGAAAGAGUGCCCAGGGGCAGCGGGGUGGGGGGCGUGUGCCGGUGGGGGGGGCUAUAUAUACGUCCCCCUGGAGUGCCGGGGUCUCCUCGUGCGGGGGGGGGUGGGGAGGGGGGCGGAGCUGGGGGGGUACGCGCCGGGGGGGGGGGGGGGGCCCCAGGGGGGCGGCGCGCGUGGGCGGUCGUUGUGAGGGGGUGGGGGGGUGGGGCGGGGGGGGGGGGGGGGGGGGGGCGGGGGGGCAGGGGGGGGGGCGGGGGGGCCGCGGGGCGGGGGAGGGGGGGGGGGGGGGGGCGAGGGGGGGGGGGGGGGCCCAGCCGGUGUCGCGGAGGCGGCGCGCGUCGGCGGGGGGGGCGUCGAGUUCGUCAAGCGCUAGGGCGACCGCGCGCGCGGAUCGUGCUGCGGGACGCGGGCAACGGCGCUCGUGGGGGGGGCGCAGCCGGCGGCAGCUCAGGGCGAGGCGGACUCGGCCGGGGGGGGGGGCGGCAGGGCGCGCGGCGGGGGGGGGCCGUCCGGGGGGAAUGUGUGCGGGGGGGUCCCGAGCGCGCGGCCGCGCCCGGGGUGGGGGGCCGCAUGGGUCGACCCCCCCCGCGCCACGCCGCCGGGGCAAAAUACCCCGGCGGGGGGCACGGGGGUCCUGCGCGGGCCAAAAGAGGGCGUGGUGGCCGGCAGGGCGGCCGCGUACGCGCCGGGCGAGGCACGCCGCGCGGCGGGCGGGGGCCGGGCGGGGGGCGGCGCCUGAGGCCGGGGGGGGGGGGGGCGGGGGGGGGGGGGGGGGGGGGGGGGGGGGGGGGGGGGCGGGGGGGGGGGGGGGGGGGGGGGGGGGGGGGGGGGGGGGGGGGGGGGGGGGGGGGCGGGGGCGGGGGGGGGGGCGGGGGGGGGGGGGGGGGGCGGGGGGGGGGGGGGGGGGGGGGGGGAGGGGGGGCGGGGGCGGGGGGGGGGGGGGGGGGGGGGGCGGCGGGGGGGGGGGGGGCAGGGGGGGGCGGGGGGGGGAGUCGGGGCGGGGGGGGGGGGGGGGGGGGGGCGCGGGAGGGGGGGGCGGGGGGGGGGGGGGGGCGCGGGGGGGGGCGGGCGGGGGGGGGGGGGCGGGGGGGCAGGGGGGGGGGGGGGGGGGGGCGGGCGGCGGGGGGGGGGGCGGGGCGGGGGGGGGGGGCGGGGGGGGGGGGGGGGCGGGGGGCGGGGGGGGGGCGGGGGGCGGGGGGCGCGGGGGGGGGGGGGGGGGGGGGGGGGCGGGGGGGGGGGGGGGCGGGGGGGGGGGGGGCGGGGGGGGGGGGGGGGGGGGGCGGGGGGGGGGGGGGGGGGGGGGGGGGGGGGGGGGCGGGGGGCGGGGGGGGGGGGGGGGGGGAGGGGGGGGGGGGGGGGCGGGCGGGGGAGGCGGCGGGGCCGGGCGGGGCGGGCGGGGAGGGGGGGGCGGGGGGGGCGGCGUGGCGGGGCGGGGGGCCGGUCGCGCGCGGCGGCGGGGGGGGGCGGGCGCGGGCGGGGGCGAGCGGGGCGCCGGGGGACAGGGGACGGGAGGGGGGCCGUCGGGGGGGGGGGCGGAGGGCGGGGCGGGGGGGGGGGGGGGGGGGGGGGGGGGGGGGGGCCGAUGAGGCGGCCCGUGUCAGGGGGGGGGCGACGGGCUGGCCGCUGGAGGGGGCGGGGGCGGGCCCGGGCGGGGUGGGGGGCGCGGGCGGGCGGGGGGGGUUGGGGGGGGGGGGCGGGGGGGCGGGGGGGGCGAAGCGCCGGGGGGGACCGCGCGCGCGCAAGGGGCGGAGGACCGGGGGGCGGGGUCCGGGGGUGGGAGGGGGGGGGGGGAGAGCGCGGGGGGCGGGGGGGGCUGGGGAGGACGGUCGGGCGCUGGCGCGGGCGGGGCGGGUGGAAGGGCGGGCGGCGGCCCACCCUGGCGGGCUGUGCGGGCGCGGGGGGAGGGGGGUUGGGGGGGGUGGGGGGGGGAGGCGCGGGCCGGGCGGGGGGCCGGGCGGAGGCGCCCGGGGGGGGGGCCGGACCCCCGGCAGCGGCGGGGUGGGAACGCAGGGGAGACGCGGGGGGCGGGGGCGCGGGGGGGGGCAGGGGGGGUAUAUAUAUCGCCCCGGCAGGGGCUCACACACGCACGGGGGGGGAGGGGAAAGCGGGGAGCGGGCCCGGGGCGGGGGGGGGGGGGCAGGGGGGGGGGGCGCGGAGCGGGCCGCGGCGGGGCGGCGGGACCGCGGGGCAAGGUGCGGGCAGCGGGGGGGGGCGGGCGGGCCGGGGGGCCGGAGGGUCCGCCGGGACGCGGGCGCACGGCGAGGGGGAGCAAACUGGGCGUCCGGGGCGGGCCGAGGGGGGGCGCGGCGGGGGCGGGCGAAGCGGGCGGGGCGGGGGCCGGCGCACGGGGGCAGGGGGAGGGGGGGGGGGGGGGGGGGGGGGGGGGGAGACAACGACAUAGGCGAGGGCCACAGCAGCGCCCCCGGGAGUAGCGGCCUCCGGAGGGGGGCCGGGGGGCAGGCCCAUCGAGCACUGGUGGAGGGCGUGAUUUUUCCGGGAAGGGCGCAGUCGGGGGAUAAUAAUGGUGGCGAAGUCAAAGAAUUUGAGGAUUAUGUGGAAGGAUUACGCAAAAAAUUUAAUGAUCGCCUUAAAAAGCUCCAGGAAGACUCCUCAUCCACAUUUGAAGUCGGAGAUAAAAAAUUUUUAUAUUUGUCGCCUGAAGAGUUUAAUACUCGAUAUAAGAACCGGAACCCUCAUUUUACGCAUAGUGAAGUCAAUGAAACAAAGGAGAUUUUCAAUGCAUCAGUGGUGUGGAACGUUAACAAUCUUUAA